AUGUCUACCCACGUCGCUAUCGCUGCAGUCGCGAAAGGUCAAUUCGACGAAGUACAUGUUCCAACUCAGAAACCUCAACAAGGGGAGGUUCUUUUGAAGGCAGAAUAUGCGUCGAUGGUCGCUUUCGACACGUAUGUUACGGAUCUCGGAUACGCAACCGACACGUUCCCCGUUGUUCUUGGAUCCAGUGCCGCGGGAACCAUCGUCGAGCUUGGCCCCAGUGUCGAUGAUCUUAAAGUCGGGGACAGGGUCACUGCAUUCGCAUACCAGGGUUCCAGGUCCAAGGCUAUGCAGGAAUACUCAAUCCAAUCGCGGACAGUCUGUGCAAAGGUACCCGAUUCUAUGCCGUUAGCUGCCGCGGCUACGAUACCAGAUCAUUUUGUAGCGGCGUUCCAUACACUCUUCAAACAUUUCCCGCCUGUCGAAUCUCCUCCCUCUUUCUUCUGCUCCAAUUCUGGAUCUAUGGCGCUGGAUCUACAACCGGUCAAUAUGUUAUUCCAACUUCUUCAUACCGCCGGGUAUAAAAAUGUCAUUGUCACUGCCUCCUCGAAGCAUCAUGCAUAUCUGACCUCGCUCGGUGCUACUGCAACCAUCGACUACCAUAGUCCUUCGCUUGCCGAGGACAUCGCGAAGGCAGCUGGGGGCGAUGGAAAAGUCAUGCUUGCUGUGGAUUGUAUCACUGCUGAAGGAACGAUAGCUGAAGUUGCUGAAGUGGCGUUGCUUUUACCUGUGAAGGAGGGAAACAACGUUCGAGGGGAGGGAGAGUCCCAGAUGUAUAUGGAAAUACCUGAAGGCCGGAAUCCGUUUCCGAAAAGUGUGAAUGUUUGUGGUGUGCGCACGUUCCUCUACCAAGAACUGUUUGUGAAGAAUGGGUUUCAGAAAGAGAAUGUGAUGCCUAAGAUUCUUCCUGAAUUACUGGAGAAGGGAAUUAUACAGCCUAAUCGGGUUCAUUUACUUGAUGAAGGCAGCUUCAAGGAUAGGGUAGCUGUAGGCUUAGACUUAUUGAGACAUAACAAAGUCAGUGGGGAGAAAUUGGUAGUCAAGAUUGAGGUUUAA